CUGAGAGGUGCAGACAGAAGAUUAGGCAUCAGAGGAGCAGAGCCUGCAAGAAGAAGUGUGGCGGUGGAGCAGGAAUCUUUUGCUUUCCAGAACCAAAAUGGUGCAUUAUGAAGUGACCAUAUUCACUGGAAAUCGGGCCUUUGCCACCACUAUUAACAAUGUCUACAUUAAGCUGGUGGGAACAGAUGGGGAGAGCUGCUGCACGUGGGCCGAAGGGCCUUUAUCCUUCAUCAAAGGAGCAGCAUCUAGUUUUACCGUGUCCUGCCCUGUCUCCAUCGGAAAGCUGAUUCUAAUAGAGCUAGACAAAAAGUGUCUCCCACUUUUGCCUGAAGACGCCUGGUUCCCCGCCAAGGUGGAUGUGAAAUCCCCUGAGGGAGACACCUACACGUUUCCCAUCUACCGCUGGAUCACUGACAGCGAGGUGCACUACUUCAGAGAGGGAAAAGCUCUGAGAGUUUUUGAAGACAACAGUCAACUUGGCAGGUACAGUCGACAGCAGGAGCUAACGCAGCGAGAGGAAGACUAUUGCUGGGAUGUGUGCAUGGAAGGAAUGCCCCACUGCAUUAAGGCAAAAGACCCUUGUUCUCUGCCUCCUGAGGUCCGCUUCUCCUUCACCAAGAACAUGCAGUUUGCCUUCACUGCAAUCACAGGAGUGAUAGAGCUGAAACUGGAUGGGUUGGCUGAUUGUAAGAAGAAGUGGACGGAUAUGUAUCAUCUCAAUAAGGUGUUCUGGCACAGAACUCAAAUUUCAGAGUAUGUUCACGAACAUUGGAAGGAUGAUGCGUUUUUCGGCUACCAAUUCCUAAAUGGAGUCAACCCCAUGUUGAUCAGACGUUGUACUGCCCUGCCCAGUAACUUUCCUCUCGAUGAUGACAUGGUGUUUACCCCUGGAGUGUCUAAUUUGAAAGAUGAAAUGGAGCUGAAGCAGACUCCAGGAGACGACAAUCCCAUCUUCUUUCCUACUGAUUCUGAGUACGACUGGUUGAUGGCCAAGAUCUUUGUGAGAAGUGCAGAUUUCAACAUACAUGAACUCAGUGUUCACCUGCUGCGCGCUCACCUGCUGGCUGAAGUGUUUGCAGUGUCACUGCUGCGCAACGUGCCCAUGGUGCAUCCUUUGUACAAGCUCCUCAUACCUCACACUCGCUACACUCUGCAGAUCAACAUCUUGGCUCGACUUCUUCUGAUAUCAGAGAAUGGAGUUUUCACUCAUUAUGCAGCAUCUGGUGGAGAGGGUAUGUUCACAGUCCUGAGGAGAUCCAUGUCCUCAAUAACCUACAGCUCACUCUGUUUACCAGAUGACAUUGCUGAGCGUGGACUGCAGGAUGUGCCAAACUUCUACUACAGGGAUGAUGGACUCCAGCAUUGGGAUAUAAUCCACAAGUUUGUGCAGGGAGUGCUCAGCUACUACUACAAGAAUGACAGCGACGUCCAACAAGACUCUGAACUACAGAAGUGGAUUUCAGACAUUUUUGAACAUAGCUUCCUCUCCAAAGAAAGCACAGGAAUUCCUCAGCAAUUUGCUACUGUGACUGAGUUGGUCAAGUUUGUCACCAUGGUGAUCUUCACCUGCUCAGCACGGCACGCAGCUGUCAACUCUGGACAGUAUGACUAUGGUGGCUGGAUGCCCAACACACCCAUCACCCUGCAACUUCCCCCUCCAACCAGUAAAGGGAAAACACACGAGGCCAUGAUACUGGAGACAUUGCCUGAUGUCAACGCAACAGUUCAUGGAAUGGGCACCGUGUGGCUACUCAGCAAGCAGUCGACUGACUUUGUCCCUCUUGGCGACUAUCCAGAGGAGCAUUUCACUGAGAAGAUUCCCCGCAAGCUGAUAAAGGAAUUUCAAGGAAGGCUUAAAGUGCUCAAAACGCACAUCGAAGUCAGAAACGAGAGUCUAGAAGUCCCAUACACAUAUCUGAAUCCCACAGAGGUAGAAAAUAGUGUGGCCCUUUGAGUAUCAGAUGGUGUGAGCAGUGGGCAAAAAAUCGGGUUCACAUUAACAAAAGAGAAGGGACGUUCAUGUUCUGUUUUCAACUGAUACUUUACUUCUACGUGUGAUAAUUGUAUGCUAAUCCUAAAUCCUAAUCCGCAUCAUUAUUCAUCAUUAUUUUGUCAAUGAAUAUACAGGGAACCUGAUCAAACUGAAUUACUGGGUGAAGGAUACUAUU